CAUCACAAUUAAAAGAACUAAAGAAUUAAAGUACGUCAGUCUGUGUGCAUUGAAUUCAUUAAAUACACAAGGUUCACAAUUUGAGUUGAAUUACUGAAAUAAAUGAACUUUUCCAUGACAUUCUAAUUUAUUGAGAAGCAGCACGUGCAGCCAUGACAGUAGAGAACAGGAUCCAGUGUUCGCUUCCCUUUUCGGUCGGCCGAGUCUAGAGCCUCUGUCUGGGAUUUCUUAAAGGCAAAACCAGAUUCCAGACCCGAUGUUAGUCCACCAUUACCCUCGGUAUUCCCGACCGGUGGGAAACGUCGAUCUAUUAUAAUGAAAACCCGUCUUUUGAGCGCCUGACGGACAUAUUUAAAUCGGAAUGCAGUCGGCCAUGGCGGAGCAAGGCUAUGUUGACUCCGUGGGUUCAGCCACUGGUUCAGAGGUGCAGGUGUGCUUCCCCAGUGUGCAGGCCUCAGUGCUGGACAGCCUGAAUCGGCAGCGUGAAGAAGGCCAUCUCUGCGACCUCUCCAUCCACGUUCAGGGCCAGGUGUUCAAGGCCCAUCGGUGUGUGCUGGCUGCAUCUUCACCUUACUUCCACGACCAGGUGCUGCUGAAGAACAUGUCAACCGUCUCCAUCCCAGCCGUCAUGGACCCCCUGGCCUUUGAGAGCGUCCUCAGUUGUGCGUACACCGGCCAGCUGCGAAUGCUUCGUGAUGACAUCGUUAACUACCUCACUGUUGGCAGUGUGCUUCAAAUGUGGCACAUUGUGGACAAAUGCACUGAGCUCCUCAAAGAGGGCAGGGGAGGUUCCAGUGGAGCUCAGGGAUCCGGAGACAAGGAGAGCGCAGGACAGAGCGGCAGCGCCAACAAGAUCGUCCAAGAGGAUGGAGGAGACGCACCUUUGACUCCUCAACCUCCCAGCCGACCCUCCUUCAGCGAGAGCCAGUCCCCGAGCAGCACCAAUUACUUCAGUCCUAGAGACGCACACUUCGGCGGGACGAUGGUGACCACCGGAGCAGUGGGAGAGAGUGCUGCUCACUCCACCCCGACCUACUGCAUGCCCUCCGGCGGAGAGGAAGGCUUCAUGAUCGAAGACGAAGAAGACGAUGACGACGAGCUCUUGUUUCCCAGGAAAAGAGAUCGGGGAGGCAAGCGGAAGGUCGCGACCUCUGUCUCCGAUCAAGAGGUUGGAGUGAGCGACAGUUUUGGAGUUUCUUCAUAUCAAGAUGGAGACUCUUCUCCUCCCCAGAAGCGACCGUCCUACAGUCAGCCGAGCAUCAUGCCCAGAAAACAGUGGGUGGUGGUGAAGACGGAGCACUCGAGAGAUGACGACCUGAUCGUGGUGUCCGGAGGAGAGGAGGGAGGAGACGACGAAGAGGAACGAGAGAUGGAGAUGAUCAGACAGAGGGACAGGACAUUUAACAUAUCGAACGUAAGGACCCUCUCUGGACUCAGACAAGAAGCUGAAAUGGAGGCACAGGCUGACUAUUGCCAGUCCUCUGAAGACUACCUCAAGUUUGAGAGGGGUUUGAUCGACCAGACGUCCUCCCAACAUGCUCCUGAGAAUCCCAGUCAAUGCUCAAGUAGGACCGCGUCCAACCGGCUCGGUUCGGUUCAGUCAACGGCCGGCCGAGCUCAGCUCUUCCCUCUGGAUAUGCAGGGAAACCAGAUUCUCUUGUACAAUCAAGCCGCCCUGGAGUCUACAUCUCCAUUAGGACUUGCAGGAGGCAUGUCUGGGGUGUCUCUAAAAGGUAGUCUCGAACAUGGAGCGGUUCACUUACCCACCCAAGGUGCUUUGGGGAGCGGGAUGGAAGGAUUAGACGGCGGCGCAGCUGGAAGUUCAGGAAAGGUCUUCAUGUGUCACUGCGGGAAGACGUUCACGCACAAGAGCAUGAGGGACCGGCACAUCAACAUGCACCUGGACCUGCGGCCCUUCCACUGCCCCGUCUGCGCCAAGAAGUUCAAGAUGAAGCAUCACCUCACCGAGCACAUGAAGACCCACACCGGUCUGAAGCCCUACGACUGCCACGGCUGCGGGAAGAAGUUCAUGUGGCGCGACAGCUUCAUGAGGCAUCGCUCACAUUGUGAGAGGCGCAGCAGAGCUGAAGGAAGAGCCGGAUCCGAAAGGUCGGUCAUUUCUCCACCGCAUCACAUGAAGCUCACAUCAGCUAACGAGACCAAUCAAGGUAACGGUGGUGCCAGAAGCGGGAUCCCCAUCUUGUCUUCGCAACAUUCCUUGAGCAACAAUGGCGUUUCUUGUCUCAACAUGGCCGCUUCUGGGCCUCUUCUUGGUAUCAGUUCUCAAAGUGGGCCGCAUGGCCUUGGAUCUAGCGUUUUGGGCAUCGGUGGCAAUCGUAGCGUGUGUGUGGAAGAAGUCUGUGAGGGCAACGUUGAUGAAAGCAGCGUCACAUAGGAGGUUUCCCUCUGAAAUCAACAUCCCGCAAAACCAGAUCACUUGCCUUUGGUUUAAAGAGACUAUGGGCCAGAUUUACUAAACGGCAAAUUAGCAUUAGAGCACAAUUCCAUAAAAGCGCCGAUGGGACGGGAAUGAUCUGCGGUUGAUGAACUUAAAAGGUGCAGAUUAACGAACACAGACGCAGCAUCGGUUUUCCAUAAUGACCAGCGCAUGGGAUUGUAAAGUAAUCUACCAAGAGCAGCACAAAUUACCGCCUCCUUUAAAGCAUGCUUUUUUAGGGCAUUAAAUAAGGCCACAAAAAACAUCGUGUUGACAAGUGCAAAUCAUGGUAAAUUGCGUUGUGUGAUUCAUUUAAAUACUCUCUUCACAUAAACUUAAUGAAUGAAAGGGAAACUCCUACAGAUGCAUAUUCUAUAAGGUCACAAAAAUAACUGUUUCCACGAUUUCUCAGUGCUAAUUUCCCACUGCGUGUCUUUAGUAAAUCCUGACAGUAACACUGGUUUGCGCUGGCGCGAGCUGAUAGUAAGUCUGGCCCUAUGUGCACAAUUCUCUGAUUCUUUACCUCAUGUCGGUGAGUGUGCCAUACUAGAUGUCCCAUGUGUGUUUGAGAAUAAUACCAAUGACCAAGUGCCCACUGUUAGCUCACGUAUGUAUCUACUCAAAGACCAGGCUGCUGUGGUGACUGUCGAAACCGUAUCCCGGCCAGGAAUACCGGACAGUCACCAUCACGUUCAAGCUGCCUCACUAGCACAGAACAUUCGUUCACUGUUGCUCUAAAGUGCCGUUCUGUUAUUAUGUGUAUGAUAUUAUGUUGUACAGAGCUGUACAAUACUGUAACUCAUUUGGUCUGUUCUUGAUGUGAAGUUUUAUUGUACAGUCACUCAACUAUGUAUAGUAUAUUCAAUCUCAAAUUUUAAAUUUCUUGUUUAUUUUUAAGUAAGAGACAAGAAUAUAGUUUCCUCUGCACUUUGGUUUCUUAAGGCCCAUUCACACUAAGGAUGAUAACUGUAAUGAUAACUAUAAAGCAUAAUAACGAUAACUCAUUGGCAAAAAUGGAAAAUAACUAUAGUGAUGACUUAAAGGUUUGUUCGCAAAAAGGACUAUAAUUAUAACAAUAACUUAAAAGGUCUGUUUACACCAAUAAAUAUGAUGAUAACAACAAAGGAUUCUUCGCUAUAAAGGGUCAUUGCAAAAAGGAUAACUGUAACGUUAACUAUAAAGAUACAUUCAAAUAAACAACGAUAACUAUUACAAAAACUAUGAAGGCUCAUUCACAAAGUAAGUCGAUAACUAUAAAGUUUACUAUAAAGGUAUGUUCACAUAAAUGAUAAGGACUAUGACAAUAACUAUCAAAGCUCAUGUGUAAAAAAGGACGAUAACAAUAAUGGAAAAAAAAUUGUUUGAAAAAAGGAUGAUAUUUAUGACAAUAACUAUAAAUGUCUGUUCAUACCAAAAACUAUAAUGAUAACAAUAAUGGUUUGUUCGCAAAAUGGAUUACAUCUAUAUUGGGUCAUCGCAAAAAGGAUGAUAACUAUAUUGAUAAAUAUAAAGGUACGUUCACAUAAAAACAAUAACUGUUAGAAUAAUAAAGGUUUGUUAAAAAAAAUGGAUGAUAAUUAAUUGUAAAGGCUAAUUCAUAAGAAAUCGAAGAUAGCUAUUAAGUUAACUCUAUAAGUCCGUUCACACAAAGAAUGAUAACAAUAACAAUAAUGGUUUGUUUACACAAAUAACGAUAACUAUAAUAAGAGCUAUGAAGGCUUGUUCACGAAAAGGACAUAUAACGAUAACUGGUCUGUUCACACAAAUAACGUAACUAACGAUAAAUUAAUUCAGAAAAAUGUAGUAACAACAAUAAAGUUUUAAAAGGCCACAUCACAACUAUAAUGAACAAUAUAACUCAAAUCACUGUCAGGACUUUUUCAGCUGAUGAACAAUAAAAAAACUGACAGCCAAUCAGGAGUGCAUUUCCCAAAAGCAUCGUUAGCUAACUAUGGUCGUUAGUUCUAUUGAACUCUAUUGGUAACGACAGAACUUGCGACCAAAGCUGCUUGCGGAAAACACCCCAGAAUGAUAAAAACAUCAGAAUCCCACUUAAAACCUUUUCUAUCAUUUUUGGUGUGAAUGCGCCUUAAAACUUAAAUAAUCAUUCAAAUUCUGUGAGAAUAAUGACAUCAAUGAAGACAUAGAGCAGGGCUAUUCAAAUCUCGCCCUGGAGGGCCAAUGCGGUGCAGAGUUUGGCUCCAACCCUGAUCAAAGUCACCUGCCUGUGAUUUUCUAAUGAUCCCAAAAACAUUGAUUAGCAUAUGCUCAGGUGUGUUUGACUAGGGUUAGAGCCAAACUCUGCACCACAUUGGCCCUCAAUGGCAAGAUUUGAAUAGCCCUGACAUAGAGGUUGCUUCUUCUUUUCAACUAAUAUAUAAUAAUAAUUAAAAACAUUGACAGCCAAUAAAAAUCAAUCCACUUUAAAGAGCUCAAGCACAAAACAACAGAGCGUGCUUAUAAUAAACAGAACAUAAUUGUACUUUGGUGUGGACACUAAUACAGUUAUCAUUUUUGGUGUGAAGGGGCCUUUACUGCUUGAAAGGCAGGGAAGCGCAGGGUUUGUAGGUAGUUGGAUUCCUAAAUGAACCAACUCACAGUGCAAUCUGGCUUUACAGUGUGUCCUUUUACCCAUAAAACCAACAUCAACAUUGAGGGGGACACAACCUCUUCAAUACAAAGUCGUAAGCACCUGGCAUCCGUCUACUGAACUCCUGCAGUAUUUUAGAUGUAGCCUAUAGUGAACCAGUAGUGAUAGUUUCCAUGUUUGCCUUCCAUGAAGGCCGAGACCAGAUUUGCGAAUGGAUGAAAAUCUUGAAUGAAGUAUGCAAAUGACAUGCCAAAUUAGUGUGAACGUCUGCAACUGAACAAGAACGUUUAAGACAUUUGAAGAUGAUCUAACAGAUCAUGAUUAGGACCGAUCAAGACUGUUUUAAUUGCUUGAAUGGAUGUUUGGAAAUGUCAAUGCAGUGAUCAGUAGUUGCCUUGUACCACAGAUGCACCACAGAAACCAUAUACCUCAAACAUUUGUGCAACUAUUCAAAAUAUUACAAUACAUAAACCGGGACCUGAAGAUAGUGAACUGUUGCUUAUCCACACAUUCGUAUUACUUUUAUAUCAAACCUGUGUGUAUUUCAGAUUAGUGAGCAAAGCUGAAGUGUGAACAAUGGAGUAGAGAACAUUUGAAACCUAAUUUAAAAAUAACCAGUAGGUAAAAGCAUGAUUCAGUGCUUGCUUGAGUAAUCUGGUUAGAGAUCUGUAUUUU